AUGGGGGAUAAAAACAACGAAAAAAUAGGGAUCAAUAAUUUAUUUGUAACAAAUAACUUAAAUAACAAAAAUAAUAAUAUAAAUAAUGAUAAAAAGCUGAUAAUAGAUAAUGAAAAGAAAAAAAGUAUUUGGUCAUUAUUUUCUAAUGUAGAGGAUAGAGUUAAGGAAAAUAAGGAUUUUGAUAACACAUCUAUUGAUAAUAUUUUUAGUGUUAAAAAUGUAAGUGAAAAAGGAAGUGGAAUGAAAAGUAUAAAUAAAAAUUUAUUUAAGAAUGUUCAAAAUAACUAUGAAAUAAAAAAAGAAAUAGAGAACAUAUCUGAUAGUUAUAAACGUAGAAAUAACAUAUUAUUAACAGAAAAUACGGAUGAUAAUAUACUAAGUAAUAUAAUAUCAGCUAAAAGAAUAAAAACAAAUCAAGAAAAAAAUACACCUGGUACAUAUAAUUCUUAUAAAGAAUUUUUUUUAAGAAACAUUAAUCAAAGUUAUAAUACAAGUAAUGAAUGCAAAAAUAUAUUAGAUAAAAAUUCAACAAAUAACAACAUAUCUUAUAAAAUAAAAGAUGAUAAUAUAUUUAGUAGAAUGAAAAAAAUAGAUAAAGAUUAUUCAAAAGGUACAGGAAUAGUAAAUAAUAAUAAUAAUAAUGAAAUAAAUAUAUUGCCAUCGAUCAAACAAGAUGAAAAAAGAAAUAUCAAUACUACUAUAAUAAAAAAAAAGAAUAUAUGCGUUCCUGUGAAUGUAAUAAAAGAAAAUAAAAAGAAUAUAAUAAAAAAACCUCAUGGUUUUAGUAAAAGUGAUAAAUUUGAUAUUUUCAAUCAUAUAGGAGAUGAUAUAUUUAGAUAUAUUUUAUCAAAUAUCAAAAAUAAAAACUUACUUUUAUUAAAUAAGAGAUUUAGUGAAAUGAUUCAACUUUUACGUAUAAAGUUAAUAUAUGAUGAAUCGUUGAAAAAUUCUAUUUCUCCAGAAAGUAUAAUAAAAACAAUAUACGCAUCUCAAAAUAUUGAGAUACUAGAUUUAUCAGGUUGUUCUCAUAUAACUUCACAUCAUUUUAAUUUACUCUGCAAUUCUAACAAUAUUAAGUUCAAUAGAACAUUAAAGGUUCUAUGUUUAAAAGGAUGUAAUAAAAUAACCGAUUCAAGCUUAAAAAUUCUUUUACAUAGAUUUAAAAAUUUAAAAAUAGUUGAUAUACGCAACUGUUAUAAAAUUAGUCAUGAUGGAAUAUAUCCUUUAAAAUUUAAAUCAACUUUAAGAAAACUAUAUAUGGGAAAUGCAACUUCAGCAAAUGUAUCUAAUUAUCAUUCAAAUGAAACAUUGAAAGUGUUAUUUAGUUGUAAUAAAGAAAAUAUACAAUUGGAUUCUCCGUUAAAUAAUUUAGUUUGCUUUGAAAUAACUUAUGCAAAACAGCUAAGUGAUAUAUCUUAUUUAUAUAUAAUAGCAAAUAAUUUAAGACUUCUUAAUUUAAAAGGAUGCAGUAUUGAUGAUAGCUCUUCAAUAUUUUUUCAAAGUUUUACAAAUCUUUUAGCAUUAAAUUUAUCAGAUACAAAAAUAUCAAAUGAAGUUUUAAAGACUGUAUUAAAUAGUUCUAAGAAAAUUAAGAUACUUGAUAUUUCAAAAACGUUCGAAAUACAAAAUGAUACAAUUUUACAAAUUCCUAAAAAUUUAAGGGAGUUAAGAAAAAUAAAAUUGUCCAGUUUACAAAAUGUUGACAAUUUUUGUAUCAGAGAAUUAUUAAAAUACUGUAGACAUUUAAUAUCAAUUGACUUUUCAAGUUGCUGGAAAGUUAAUAAUUCUUUUUGUAAUGUGAAUGGUUUGGAAAUAGCGUCAGGAAAUAAAUUAAAAGACAUAGGAGCUUUUCAAUGCUCUAUUGAUAGAAAGGUUUGUGAAGGAUGCUUGUCUGAAGUUGGUUGUACUUUUAUUCGCGUUCAUAUUUAUAAUGAAUUAAAAAUAUUUGAGACAUCUAUUUACACAGAUAUUGAGUCUCUUGAGACAAAUUAA